AGAGAGAGAGAGAGAGUCUCCAAAAGCGCACACGCACUCAAGGCACACAUCAGAGCUGCAAGCUGCAGAGAAGCUCCUUCUCUUCAAAUCCUCAGCAGGAUUUUAAUCCGUUUCCAGCUUAAAACCUGUGGAGUUUUGCUUCACCUUGUUUUGGGAGACAAAUAUAAAUACAGGAGACACUGAGAAAAUUGUUUGGAAGUAAAAUGCACACCAGGACCUUGUCUGGAAAGGUGAGCUGGAAACAUUUUAUGACAGCUGUGUGCUUUCUGUUCUGACUCGAGGCUCAUUCUGGCUGCUUUCACACUAAAUCAUUAUUUCGGAUUUUUUUGUGUCCUUAUUAGCAUUGUAAUAUACAAUGCUUCUUGCUACACUUCUUCCACACACAUCAGCAUUUUCUUAAAGCGUUGCUACUUGUUAACAUCAGCUAUGGGGACACGCGUGAACGACUCAAGCGUAUUUGUCAACGGGUCUUUGCCUUUUUCUGAGACCCCUGUGAUCUCUCAGGACAUGCUAAUAACGUUUCUCUUAGGUGCCCUCCUGGCUCUGAUGUUUCUAGUGGGUACUGCUGGAAACGUGUACACCCUGGUGGUGAUGAACAUUGCGAUACGAGUGAGCGGCACUAUGUACAUCUACAUCGUGAACUUGGCAUUAGCCGACCUUCUCUACCUGUGCACUAUUCCGUUUGUGGUGUGCACUUACUUCGCAAAAGACUGGUAUUUUGGUGACAUUGGCUGCCGCGUGCUCUUCAGCCUCGACUUCCUGACUAUGCACGCCAGCAUCUUCAUGCUGACCGUGAUGAGUACGGAGCGCUACGUGGCCGUGCUCAGACCUCUGGACACCUUCACUCGUUCCAGGCACUACAGACGCACAGUCACCUGUGCCGUCUGGCUCGUCUCCUUCGCUCUUUCUCUCCCCACCAUGAUCAUGAUCGAGCUCCGGACGAGCCUCCGAGACGGGCUUGAGAAGCGGAUUUGCCACCCCACCUGGCAGAUGACUGCCUACAAAGCCUACCUGACCAUCCUCUUCAACACCUGUAUCCUUGCACCUGGAUGCAUCAUCGGGUUCCUCUAUCUCAAGUUAGCCAGAACUUACUGGACGUCUCAAACCAAGGUGUUCUCCACCUCCAGAGUUUCAAGCAGGACUAAAUGCCACAAACAGAAAGUACUAUACAUGAUCUUCGGUAUAGUUCUUACGUACUGGGCAUGUUUUGUGCCUUUCUGGUUAUGGCAGCUGCUUAGCGUUUAUUAUUUCGAACAUGAGAAGCUCUCUCAUAAAACGAUGGUUUGCGUGAACUUCAUUGUGACGUGUCUGGCUUACAGCAACAGCUGCAUCAACCCUUUUCUGUACACGCUGCUGACCAGAAACUACCAGGAGUAUCUGAGAGACAGGCAGAAGUGCAGCACUGGGUUUAAAAAGAGAUUCCAUCGUUCAUCUCAGAGGUCUGUGUCAUCUGGGAGUCACCAGUUUACACUUUAAUGCCUGUAAGAAAACACUGAAGGUUUUUAUGCGCUGUGAACCUUAUUUCUAUCGUAGCUGACAUUCUGAUUGGAAAGAAUUUUCUGGAAAUUAGAUGACAUUUUAAAAGAAAGGAAAUGACCAGACCAGGAAAAGAAAAAAUAAAACCUUUACAGGAUGAACCACAGAAAAUAAUAGGUGUUUAAUAUAUUUUGGGUUUUUUUGUUGUUUUUUUUAGAAAAUGAGACUGAGGAUUAGGUGUGAUCUUGGAUGAAGCUUAAAAAGAAAAUUGUAAUAUUUCAGUAUUUUAAUGCAAUCAGGCAAAAUACUGUGAGUUGUUUUUAUAACUUGCCGGGAAACAGACAUAACAAUCGGUGUGGAAAUUUUAAGACGGUUUGGAUGUUAUUCAGAUGGUUUUUUUAGACUAUAGCUUAGAAAAUGUCUCCUUUUAGAAAUGAGGUACUAAUCCUACAGUUUUCUACUCAAAACAGAGAGUAUAAUACUGUGUACAGGUGAAGUGUGUUUGUGUAGCUUUAAAUUUACAUGCUUCCAUGAUACCUAAAAUACUAAACGACUGAUUUCCGGAAAAUUAAAGUCUCUGAUACUCCUGUAACUGACGACAUGUGAGACGUGACCAACAUGUGAUCACGUCUCAAUAACAAUAUUAAGGCUCCAUAAGCUACUAUUACACGGCGUCCAGAUAUACAGACAUCAGAGUUUUACGUGUCCAAGAGUCGAAUUGUGCGAAAGGUUAUAGACUGUAAAAUUAUAGCUUUUUGUAUGAUUACAUUAUUUUAUUAAACCUAACAAAAUUGAUUUAAAAGAUCCAAGAUGGAGAGAAUGUUUUUUAUCUGCAAAAGAAGAACGGUAAGAAUUUGUAGACAUGGAGAGUUGGAAAAGAGUGACAUAAAUUUCAAAAAGAAUUCAGAAAGAAAUCAAGAACUUCAUUGUAUUACAGUAUGUCGAAAACAAUUAAUGCCACUGUAACUAACUAAAGCUAAUGGCUUAAAAAUACACUGCUUUUCACUACUAACUGAAAAAAAUCAUACAUUUUUGUUUGCUGCUUAUUAAAACCGAAGAGAGAAAAAUCGGUCUCAACAUUUAAAUAUAUAUUUUUAAGAGUCCAGUGAGAUUCGGUUGUUUUUCGGGUGUUAAUUGGUUUUGCAUGUUGUUCUCUAUUGAACUUUUAUUGCCUUUUAUUGAAAACUGUCACAGUUUGUUGUAAUACUCACAUGCUUUAAAAGUGUUGUUUUCUUGUGCUCUUUAUUGCAUGAAGCUUUCAUUGGACAUUGGACUGUUCUGUAUACAUAAGCACAAAAUCUUCAGUCAGAAGAUUUAGAUCUGAAACUGUAAUGUUCAAAGAUUGGUUUUUAAACAUGUUUUAUUUUUUCCU